GAGGGCGGUCGGUGGCGGCGGCGGCGAGGCGCGAGGCGGUGGCGGCGGUGGUGCGGGCGGCGGGAUGACAGGGGAGGCGGCGGGAUUGACAGGGGAGGCGGCGGCCACGCUCGAGCGGAGCGGCGCGAGAAGGGGGGGGGCGGCGGCGAGGCGCCGGUGAGCGAGGCGCCCGCGCCAUCAGAGGGACGCCGCCGCGAGAUGGAGGGCGGCGGUGACGGAGGCGAGGGGCGAGGCGGCGGCGGUGGCGGCGGCGGCGAGAACGGCGGCACCGAGUUUGUCUCGGUGAGCGGAGCGGCGGCGGGAGGAGGAGCAGCGGCGGCGCUCGCUCGCUGUUGACGGGAGCGCUUUUGAGCCUGGGAGCCCAUGCCACUGCGACCGGCGUGGCCGGGAACGGAGAUCGCGCGCGCGCCGCCACUCACGACGCGCGCGCGAUCUUCGCGGAGUCGGGUCCCCAGAGGGAAGCGGUCUUCUCGGCCGACGUCCAGCGGCGCGCAAGGAAGCAGGCGCAGCGGAGGCGGCCUAGCACCGGCUCGGCGCCGGGCGGUUGCGCUGCCCGCGAGCCGCGUCCUGAGCCUCGGCAGCGCGCUGCGCGGCGCGGCGCUCGCGCCGCUGCGGUUCCGAGAGCGGCAUGAUGGUAGGACCAGCUG